ACUAACCAGAGUUACAUUCAGAACUGGAGCUGAUGAACUACAGAACAGCUUUUCUAAGAACAUCCAGGAAAAAGAGAAGGAAAACGAUAUGGGACGAAGAAGAGGAGGGACUCUGAAGAUUCUGUUCCUGUUGACACUCUGUCUGCAGGCCUUCACUGGCCAAUGCCAAGAUGCAGGCCAUCCCUCUGAACUGAGGAUUGUUCUGGUGGGGAAGACUGGAUCAGGGAAGAGUUCAACAGGAAACACCAUCCUGGGGAGAAAGGUGUUUAGAGAAGACCUCUCCCCUAAGUCUGUCACUGAUCACUGUGAGAAACAGAGAGGAGUGGUGGAUGGGAGGAAGAUUGAUGUCAUCGACACCCCGGGGCUCUAUGACACAACAAUGUCUAAAGAAGAGAUGAAAAGUGAAAUAGAAAAGGCCAUCUACAUGUCAGUUCCAGGACCCCACGCCUUCCUGCUGGUGAUCAGACUGGGGAGGUUCACAGAGGAGGAGAGGAACACUGUGAAGUGGAUCCAGGAGAACUUUGGAGAAGAAGCCUCAAAGUACACCAUCAUUCUGUUCACCGGUGGAGACCAGCUGGAGGACAAAUCAAUGGUGGACUUUCUAAGUGAGAGUGAGGAGCUUAUGAAACUAGUCAAGGUCUUUAAGGGAAGAAAUCAUGUCUUCAAUAAUAAAAAGAAGAAUGACAACACUCAGGUCACAGAGCUGCUGAAGAAGAUAGAUGAGAUGGUGAUGAAGAAUGGAGGACAACACUACACCAAUGAGAUGUACCAGGAGGUCCAGAGGAAGAUCAAAGAAGAGGAGGAGAGGAAGAAACAGGAGGAGAAGGAGAGAGAGGAGGAGGCGAAGAAGAAACAGGAGGCGGAGAUCAGAAAAUGGGCAGAGAAGGCAAGAGAGGAGGAGAGGAAGAGACAGGAGGAGAAGCAGAAACAGGAGGAGGAGAUCAGAAAACGGUUAGAGAAGAUGAGAGAGGAGGAGAGGACGAGACAGGAGGAGGAGAAGAGAAAGGAGGAGAAGAAGAAACAUGAAGAGGAGAUCAGAAGACAGGUAGCGGAGGCGAGAGAGGAGGAGAGGACGAGACAUCAGAGGACGAGGAAGUCAUCGUCGAAUGGCUUUUUGGGAUUGUUAGCAACUGUUUUCACAGCGGUGGUAGCAGGACCAUUAGCAAUUCCAGUUGGAGCUGCUGUAUUUGCAAAUGAAGUAGCUGAACAUUUAGACGAUUCUGAUUAAAUGAGAAAGAGGAGGCAGUGUGAAGUACCACUCUCUUCCUCAUCUUCUCUGUGUUCUCCCUCUGUCCUCCCUCCCUGGUCUGUGUUCUCCCUCUAUCCUCCCUCCUUGGUCUGUGU